CAACCCUGCAACCCUGCAGCCCUGCAGCCCUGCAACCCUGCACAACCCUGCAACCCCACGACCCUGAAACCCCACGAGCCUGCAGCCCUGCAACCCCUGCCAUACCCCGCCAAACCCCAAACCACAACCCUCCGAACCCUGCCAACCCCAAUGCCACAACCCUCCCAACCCUCCCAACCCCAAUGCCACAACCCAACCCUUCCUACCUGCCAAUCUCUCCAACCCUCUUACCCCCAACAACCCUCUGGCCCCCCUAUAACUGUACGACGCCUCCUUUUCACUGCAGCUUCUCUACCCCUCUGCCCCCAAUCCCAAACUCCCCAACUCUCACUCCCCCAAAUCCUGCAAGCAACGCCUUCCAAAUAUAUAACCUACCCUAAAGCCCUGACCCCAAAAGCCUUUCCCCUCCUGAUGCAUGGCCCUCAGAUGGACAGGGAAGCACCCUUCCUGUGUGACCCCAAUGCCAUGAAUCUUUGCUCAUUCAAAUUCCAUGAUUCCCGGCCCUUUGGACCCCAUUUGCCAGGCUGGACAUGUUUAUGUUGCGGACCCUAUCUUCUCAUUCAUGCCCCGCUGCCCAAGCCAUGCACAUUCCCGCUGAAUGCCCUGAGGAUGAACGAGAUCCGUGGCUUGUUGCUGUCAUAA